AUGCGAGAAGCUCUCAGUUGGCUAAAGGAUACUGGCAUGGAAAGUGUUGACGUGGAGACAGACUUACAACUUUUAUUUAAUGCUUUAUCUUGUAUUUCCACCACUUCUUUUUAUUCUGUUUUUGGUUUGAUUGUGGAUGAUGUUAAAGAGUUGGCAUCUUUGAUUGAUGAUGCCAAAUUCGGGUUUGUUAAGCGAUCUACAAAUCAGGUUGCCCACUUUGUUGCUAGGGCGGUCGGUUCUGAGUCAGGUUGCGGGAAGAGGAGAUCGUCGUAUCGGGGAGAAGAUCGCGAUUGGAGAAGAUCGCGAUUGGAGAAGAUCGCAGAUUUCGGAGGCUAUCGCAGCUGGAGAAGAUCGCGAUUGGAGCCUGGUUUGAAUAUGGACUCUGCUAGUGGUGGUUGUGAUGAAGGUUAUUCCAGAGACAUUGGUGUAGAAGGCAGUGCAUGUGAUAUGGAAAUAUCUCCUGGCAUGACUAAUCGUGAGGGGUUCAAGCAGAGUUUGUCUAGUACUUCUUCUACCACACAAAGCACUGUUGUGAAGAGACGUAGGUUGACAAAUAGGGUUGGGUGUAAGGCUAAAGUGGUGUUUAAGGUUAAUCGUAAUCUUGAUGCUGGGCAUCAACUUUUUGUUGCAAGUUGUGUUCGAGCAAACAUUGGUCCUACUCGGUCGUAUAGGUUGUUUAAAGAGAUUGUUGGUGAGUAUUCUAAUGUUGGGGCUACAGCAUUUGGUUUUGAAUACGAUGUUGAUGAUGGUGAUCAGCUUUCAAGGGUUUUCUUGGCGGACGCAGUAUCCAGGAAGAAUUUUUCUUUGUUUGGUGAUGUUGUUUCGUUUGAUGCUACAUACCGUACCAACAGGUAUAAUUUGGUUUUUGUCCCAUUUACUGGCAUUGAUAAUCAUAAGAGAUGUAUCACCUUUGGUGUUGGGUUGCUUAUGAAGGAAGACAUAGACUCAUACGUUUGGCUUUUGGAGAGCUUUAAGAAAAUAAUGGGCCAUGAUCCUAUUUGUGCUGUUACAGAUCAAGAUCCAGUUGUGAAGGUUGCUGUUGCUCAAGUGUUUGGUGCCUCAAAACAUAGAUUUUGUAUGUGGCAUAUAAUGUAUAAGGUGGGAGAGAAGGUUGGACCAGUUUUAUCAAAAGAUGAGGUGUUUAGGAGGAAGUUGAAUGGCAUUGUUUGGGAUAAUUCACUUGAUUCCAACGCCUUUGAGUUGCGAUGGAAUCAUAUCAUGGAGGAAUAUGGGUUGGGUGAUAAUGUUUUGAAGACACCAUUGGCCUUGGAGCGGCAUGCCAUGGUUGUUUACACAAUUUCUAUAUUUUAUGACAUUCAAGAAGAGAUUUGUUCGGCUUGUUUUUCUUGUCAAGUGGUGUCUUUGACUGAUAUUGAUGGUUGCGUGUCAUAUGUGAUAAAAGAUGAUCGUGGACUUGAGAGUAUUCCUUCUAGGUAUUUGGUGCAUCGGUGGACAAAGGGUGCAUGUUUGCACCCAAUAUUUCAUAUUGAUGGUACACUUGUUGAUCAAUCUGCUAAAGUGGAGAAUGUUAGGGCGCUUACCAAUCUUAUGUGGUCUGAUAUUUAUGCUUGUGUGGGGUUGGCUGAUGGUAAUAUUGACCGUUUGUCACAGUUACAACGUGUUAUUAAUGAGCAAAGGCAAAUAUUUCUUCAGGAUGGGAGUGAGAAUGGGAAUGGGGCUGCUGUUGGUAACAAGCAAAGUCUGAUUAAUUCAUUUUGUGGAGAUGUGUCUAUGGGUUCGACAGUGGAUGUGCACGACUCUGUCCAAGCUAAGAACAAGGGUAGUGGUAAGCGAUUGAAGAGCGCAAGGGAAAGAGCUGCAAGCAAGUGUGCAAAGCAAUCAAGGAGAUGCCACACUUGUGAUGAAUAUGGCCAUAAUAGUAGGACAUGCCCUUCAAAUACUUGA